GCACGCGGUGAUGACGUAGCGAAGCCGGAAGUUGUUUGCUGUCAAUGCCAACGACAGAGAGAAGCUACCGAGAGCUAAAAGCCCGCAUUUAAAGGCAAAAUGACAGGACUGCCCCGCAGGAUCAUUAAGGAAACUCAGCGUUUGCUCGCAGAGCCGGUUCCUGGCAUCAAGGCCGAGCCAGACGAAGGCAAUGCUCGCUACUUUCAUGUCGUCAUCGCUGGACCUCAAGACUCACCUUUUGAGGGAGGCACAUUUAAACUUGAACUGUUUUUACCAGAGGAAUAUCCCAUGGCAGCUCCUAAAGUACGUUUUAUGACCAAAAUAUAUCAUCCCAAUGUGGACAAGCUGGGUAGAAUAUGUCUGGACAUUUUGAAAGAUAAGUGGUCACCAGCUCUGCAGAUCCGCACAGUGCUCCUAUCAAUCCAGGCUUUACUAAGUGCGCCCAAUCCUGACGAUCCCCUAGCAAACGAUGUUGCAGAAAAGUGGAAGUCCAACGAAGCUGAAGCCAUAGAAACAGCCAAGACAUGGACCAGGCUUUAUGCUGGAAACAAAAAUGAAAUCUAAAGCAGCCCAACAUGUUGAGACACAAGUGAACGACAAGUGUGAACACAACUCAUGUGCUGCCAAGACCUCCUUCAGCUUCAUUUGCAUUUAAAGGACACAGUCUUUUAUUUUUUAUAUAAAUAUAUAUGUCUAUGAAACCAACUGCUGAUAUCUGGUGAUUUCAAUGCGCACUUAGUACUGAAUGAUUUGUGUUUGUCUUAACUCACUACUAUUCAAAUGCAUGGGCAGAGGUGUUCCAUCUACUCACCUGGUUUUCUUCAUCCACUAAGCUGGAAAAAGGAGGUGUCUUAAGUCCCAUAAAUUUGAGGGAAUGUGGUUUUGAGGGCAGGUGGAGCAGCGGACUGAGUGGGAAUGACAGAGUGGCUGGAUGUGAAAUAUAAUAUGUUUCUUUUUUAACUUUGUUUUAUUGUGUCGCUGUUUAGUAAAAACAACUAACUACUACUAGCCCACUGUAUAUUCACUCACCCCAGAGGGUUUUAUCCCUACAGGAAAAAAACAAUCAUUGCAAAGCUCUGGGUUCAUUAAAUGCAAAUCAAUAGGACUAAUAAAAACAAACUGAGCCUGAUGCUUAAACUUUAUGUAGACUUGGAUAUCCUGUAGGCCUUUGAAAGGUGAAAGUAUCAGGUAUGAUGGACAUUGUGGACCUUUCCUUAUUUUUCAUACAUAAGAUGUGUAAUUACAAUAUCCAGCUUCAAUAUGUGAAUUUAUUUUGCUCCUGCUGAACUAACCUUGCUUCUUCCUCUUUUAUGCCGUCUUGUCUCAAAGACUGGUUUACCUGCUCCUAAUGGUGUUCAGUUCUGCACAGAGCUGGUCCAUUUGAGCCAUCGGUUGUCUGGUGAUGUGAUGGAAACUGGUGCUGGGAUGAGUUUAGGGGACUGGUGUUAGGAUAACUGGAUUAUCAAGGGAUCAAACUUCUACAGAUAAAGACUUCGGCUUGGGACUGUCUAAUUGGUCUUCGUUCAGUUCCUUGUUCUUUAUCAAUCGAAGGAGAUGAAUUUUCUCCUCAGAAUGCUAUGAAACUGUUCUCGU